CACUGCGCUGCCUGCUUAUGACUCCCACUACCUCGCGCCGACGCUUCUACGCUCCAUGAAAUGCAGCCCCUCCGCCCUCGCCGUGCUCGGCCCUCUGCGCGUUCGGAGGCUGUCGCCAGCCCCGCCAUCGCAACGCGAUCGAGGCUUCGGUGAAUCGGAGCGAAGAUGAGGAGGCGAUCGGAGGCCGAGCCUGCCCCUGUGCCAAUCGAGCACGCGCUUUUCCGCGCUGUGUGCCGAAUUUGCAGCUGCUUCCGCUCCGCUUGUCCGUCUCGCGCGAAUCUUGAUCUUGAUCUCGUCGCGCGCUUCGCCGUGCGCAUGCAUUGACGGUCGGCAUUUGAACCAGAUCCGAGAAGUUAGAGGCGACUUUUCUCCCUGACCGGCAGUGCUCACCCGCACGGUGUUGAGGAUUCGGUUCUUGUUGUGCUUCGAUUGUCAUGCGCAAGAUUUGAUUCAUACUCCUGUUUCCGGAUUUCGGGACUUCAGGCAGCGGCUGCAGCGAUGGCGGAUGCUACUCAACCCUCUACUCCAACCUCAGUCGCUUCUUCCGAAGUUCACGACGAUGUUGCCGCCAUCCGGGACGUGCUCUCUGUGCAGCACAUCCCGGUCGUGGGUACCCUGCAGUGGGACAAGCUGCAGUUCUUGCUGCACUCGCUGGUCGAUCGAAUCGCAAAUCAGGGUGCCCGCAUUGAGAAAGCGGAAGAAGCGGCAAAAGCUCUGACUAAUCUGAAGGAAGAACUCACCCACCUCACCGAAAAGAAAGGAGAGGAAGCAGACUGGGCAAAAUUGAUCGACGAGCGCCUGCAGCAAGUAGAAAAAGGAUUUCAGCAAAUGGACGUAGGUGAACUGGUUACACUUCCACCUCGUGUGUCCACGCUGGAAGGCGUGACUAAGGAUAUAAAUAGUAGUAUCACUGGCUUAGAAGGAGAGCUUGUGAAUCAAGCAUUGAUACAGAAGGACCUGCUGGGUAAGGAGCAAGAGAGAGAGAAAGAAGAUGCAGAAGAAGAUGCAGCAGCUGCUUUGGCUGCCCAACAAUUGGCUGCGCAACAGGCGGCCAACGAUGCCGCCUUCGGUGCUAUGGCAGGAGACAAACUGGCAGCCUUGGACUCAGGCUUUGCGGACAUGAGUGACAGACUGAAAAGAUUGGAAUCUCAAAUAGAGGCGCUCAAAGAGAUGUUGAUCCAGACAGCCAAAGCUCAAGCUUCGGAUCUGGAAGCCAUCCAAAAGGCUUGCCGGGCGCUUCGAUCAGACUUUGAGAACAAUACUUUCACCAAACCUCUGGAGGACAUGAAGUCUGGUGAAGGAUUCCAUGGUUCUGGAGGAGCCGGUGGAGCGGGCGGAAGAGGUGGAGGUGGAGGUGGUGGUGGUGGUGGUACAGGCCCUCCUGAAUUGGAGAGCUUGAACAAUAUGUACAACGAAUUGCGUGAUAACCUCAAGGCUCUUCAAGGCUCUGUAACUUCGUUGGCCGAGAGGAGUGACCUAGCUGUGCUCCUUGCUAAGAGAGCGGAGCAAGUCUCCAUACCGGUUGCUUCAAUACAUGGUGACAUGGAUAGUUUGGAUGAGGAGGUGACUUUUGUUGUCAACGAGCAUGCAAAUCGCAUAAUGCUUUAUGCCGACAUGUUUCUACAGCUGGAGGUAUUGAUAGCCAGUAAAGCAGAUGGCAAACAGUUACAAGCAUUAAGGGAUGCCUUGGCAGAACUUCAGCAAGGUGGCGGCGGAAUGAAAAUGGGAGAGGAGAUGAAGGCCACUCUGAAAAGUCAUGAAAGGAUGAUCAUGCAGCUUGUUGAAAAAGUUGGCGUUCUGGGCAAAGGCGUUCUCAUCAUGGCCGGCCAUGAUCCAGCACACGAUCCAGCUGUUGCCAUGCAGCAAGCCAUGGAGCAAAUUGCCAAAGCUGAAGAGGCGCAUUACGUUCGGCGUGCCAGUGAAAAAGCUGCAGCUGCCAGUGGUACAAUGGCUGCUGCAGUGAAUUCUAUGAAUUCUAUGCAAUAUGUACCCCCAGCACCACCAGUAUAUGCGCCUCCACCUCCACCACCACCAGUUUAUGCUCCGCCACCACCACCUCCACCACCUCCUCCUCCUCCUCAAGCUCCCCCACCUCCAUCUCCUCCCCAGCAAGCAGCAGCACCACCAGGAGCAGACGCUCAUGGAUCCGGUACUGAACAAUAUGGUGCUCAUGGUUAUUCGGAAUCUGGUGGUGCUCAUCACUCAGAAUCUGGUGGUGCUCAUCACUCAGACACCGUAAGAUUUGCAGAUCAAGAAUCAGAAAAUCAAAGUGGAGAUGUUAUUCCACUUACGCCCAAUUUGCUGAAUCCUCAAAUGGAAGCACACAGAGGUACUACUUUUAGCGCUAGUCGUGCAAUACAGCAUGAAGCUGGUCCGGGACCUCAUAGAGUUUCAUCUUUAAGAAUCAGGAGCGUUGAGGAAGCCUCACGCAUGGUUAUGGGAACCAGGUAUCAAGAGACACUUGGAGCAUUGGAGGAUGCUCUAAACGCCAAUAAGAUUGAACCCAAAGAGAAUAUGCUAGUAUUAGCGAGGCUUGUGAAAGAGAUGGAGAACGUGACUUUAGACCUGGAGAGACAUCUGGCAUUGAUUGCCAGUUUGGAAGAAGGGCUUGAGACCAAGGCAGACAAGGCUGAUUUAGCGAGACUAGAAAAGCUGUUGAGGGAGAGCAAGGCAGUUCAAAAUGCCAUGUUGUCCGGAAAACCUCUUCUUGGUUUCAAAUGCAUGUCCUGCGAUCAUCCUCUACAGAAACUCAACCCUCUACGUGCAGAGCACGUGCCUACUGGAGUCAUGCCGAGAAACUACCUUUCUAUGCUGUCAGCAGAGCGAAUUUUUGCAAAUGAGAAUAUCAGAAGGGAUCCUUCCCCUCCACAAACUCCUCCACGAACGCCUCCAACUGCGGAAAUGCUCCGAGGUGCAAAAGGUCAAAAUGGUGGUGAUUCAGCACGGUUGCGCAAGAGUGGCAUGGGGGGUUUCGGUGGGCAAAGCCCAGCCCAAAGCCCUUACAAUGCUAAUCUUCCACGUCGAGGAUUGUCUGCAGGGAAGCCUGCCGUGUAGUGUUAGUAAACUUUCGUGAUAUUAAGCUUCCAUCGUCAUGGAUCUGGUGCAGAUUGGCAGCGAAGCCGAAUUUCUGGCCAGAUAAGCACGUCCGGGAGCAAUUUGAUCCAUUUUGUGGUCGAUUUGUCGUCCUCUAUCAAAGUUUUGUAGCAUGCUUCCAUCCACCUGGUCCACCUGAUUCAGUUCUUAUUAUUGUGGAGAAAAAAUGAUUGCCAGCGGUACUUCCUUUUGUAGAUUUAGAGCAUUUUUUAUAACAUGAGUUGGACUUGGAAUCACUUCUAUCAGCAACUGUAGGAGGGAGGAUGAUCCAGUAAAGUAGUCCAAACGUUCGACUAGCAAGGUAGAGUGAUACACAGUUCGGCAAUCCUGACUCAUAAUCCGAAGCUGAGGCAGGUCUGCAGACUAAUUGCAGCAAAGAGUGUGCACCGUUUAAUUUGAACAAAAAUAUAGGCUUUCGAAGCACCAUGAGGCAUUGCUGCUACUUCACUUCUUUGUACAGUGCGGUCUCAAUGACCAGGCAUAAGGCACAAAUACCUGGUACAGACGGACUGAAGGAAGAACCCCAGCAAAGAGAAUGAGUGGAAAGGGAUGGGUUUUGAGGACGAAUUUGGUGGUCUUUGCACUUGCGCUACAUUUAGUUAUAUCCGCUAAUCAGAGGAACCUCCUCCUAUUCAACGAUGAUAUUUCUGAGGGCUUCUUUGGCAGGUUAUAUGAAAACGUGUCGUGUAAAAGUACCAUUUUUGGAAGAAGGAUGGGGAACUAGCCAGACUAUUCUCAGCUUGAGAAAUAGUAAGAUAAAUUGAGGAAUCCACUUACUAAUUAUGGAUGUGCCUCCAAUAUUGUAAUAUUUUGCCUUUCACUUUGAAUGCA